AUGGCAUCGAGCUCAAGAGCCGGCGGAAAAGCACCCUCACGCAAUCUAGAAUAUGAUGACGCUGCUACAAAAGAAUACAUUGCGUGGAUCUGGGAAACCACCGGGGCUCAUCCUAGCCGCCGCAGGCACAUUGAUCAAGACCAAUUCGACAACCCCCUUUCUUCCGAGCCAACCGUCGGGCAGCGAGCUGCAUUUCUUCUUGAUCGAGUUGCCAACUACAUGGCAUACUUCUCUGGCACUUCAGAAUCUAUUUGGAGUGAAUUUCGUCUAGACUUUGAUGGAUGGUUAGAAGAAGACUUUACACCAUUGGCUUGUCCUACACUACAUUCCAUCACCUUGUCUAAACUAAAAGAUGUUCUCCACUAUUUCACAGAUAAUGCACAAGGUGAGCUUCAUGCUCGAUACCCGACAGUCAAGUCUGAAGUAAUUGAAACCCCACAUAUCAGCACACUUCGUUCCGCCGAACCUCCCAAGUCUACCUUCCCCAACACUAGAGCGCCCUUAAGGAAUAAUGGCGACAUUGCAAUCCAAACCCAUCAUGACGACGUCAAUGAUAUUUUACGAACUCCUACUAACACACGUACCGCCCCAAUCCCACAGGGGGAACCUCAAUAUCCCCCAUGUUCACAGCGUAUCCAAAGGCCAUUGCAUUAUCUCAGUGUUGCUCCGUUGUUUGUUGAUCAAGUUCCUAUUGCUAGUCACCUACUAGACCCGCUUAACCCUAACCAUCUGGUCAUUCCAGAGGACAAUAAUGAGCCACUGGAUUCUCGGAAGAUUGAGACAUUUAGCAAAAUCUGGAAUAAGGAAUACAACUUCACGGGCGCAGCUUACAACAUUUUAGACAACACUGUGCGCCAGUUUCAACUCACUUGUUCCCAAAUUGACAUAGCUCCAUUGCAACUGCAUGCUAUAUUCCGAAUGACGUUAUUGGGUGCGGCGCAGAAAUGGUCGUUGUAUUCCCUUAGCAAUUCUGCCAAGUUUUGCAAUAUGUACCUGAUACUGAAAAGUCAUUUUGACACAAGCAUUAAUCACUCUUGCUACCACAAUGACUGGAUUUCAAUCACUUUUCAUUCGGCUAGGAAUGACAAAGAAUGUUUGCAAAAAGAUCUUCCUGGUGUCUUGGACUUCUUGCUCAAUUGUUUGAAACUUUGUCAACGGGCUCUAGAGCAACUAUGUAAUGAUCUACAAAAUGCACUAUUCCAGGCAAUGCAACCCUCUGUAAGCCACUUUGUUGUUGAUCAGACCAAUGACGCACCAGAUAUUAAUUAUAACAAUCGAAAGUAUAAUUCUAAUUGCCUUCCUCGUGGUCAGAAUAGAAACAACAUCCACCGAUUUCGCAAUAAUGAUUACAAGCAAAGCUAUAAAAGUAGUUGUUGCCAGCACAGUAACAAUGAGAAAUGCUACAUUUGUGGUAAGCAAGGUCACUUUGCCCUCGAUCAUCCUCAACACGAGCAGGCUGAACAUUGCCGCAAAUACAAUGAUGACCACCGCUUCAGUCGAACAAUGAAGCCCUACCCGCAAUUUUUGCUGGAUUUUGAAGGAUUACCCCUGGAGAGCUCAGAUACUAUAGCUCAUAAAAAUGCUGUUGACAAUUUUAGUGAAGAUGAGAACAGCGAAAACGACUUGUUUAUGAGUGCCGCCUCUUUUCUCAUCAACGAAUCUGCGCGCUACCGUCUCACAGACUACAUACCGCCAUCACUUGAGUCCAAUUCACCAGUUCCUACCGAACAAUUUGUUCUUGAUUGA